UUUUAUCGCACGCAUGUGUGUUUCGCAACAGGGUCUGGCUUUAUUUUGAAAUUUAUCCAUCAAUUCGGUGCGUUUUUUAUUUAUAGUUUUUACAUGUGAAUACUAAAAUAAACUAUGCUUCGCACUGUUAUAUCCGACUUGGCGCGUUUGCGUCUGGGCAAUGGCAGCGUUUCUAUUACACAAGUUCGUGAGAAAGGCCAUCUUAACCGGCCGCGUCUACGCAAUCCUCAUUGGUUUUUACGCAAAAAGCGCACAGUGCACGAUGACUUUGUUACAUCGGAGAACCGUAAUUUCGUCAAAGAAGUGUUACACCACACUUAUAACUCAUCAGCUUUGACCAGAGAUGAACAAACUCACGAAAAAAAGCUGACUAACGAAACAAUUCCCGAAAAACAGCCCUGGUCCCAGGAAUUACGCCGAUGCGGAGUAAUAGCACGCAAAAUUGGCCAAUACCCAUUGUGGCUUAAAAAUGGAGAAAAAAUACGCACCACCCUAUUGCAGGUUGUGGACAAUCAUGUGAUUAAGUACGUGCCACCUGAGGAAUAUCGUCCGACAAGACGGCCAAAUGUGCCAUAUUCAAAAAAAUACGGCUGCGUUUUAGUUGGUGCUGAAAGCACUGAUCCUACACUGUUAACUAAAGAAUAUUGUGGGUUAUUUAGUAAUUCAGGUGUUAUGCCAAAAAAGAAUGUGGCACGGUUUAUGGUUUCGCCGCAAUCGGCCUUAGAAGCAGGCACACCUCUGAAUGUAAGGCAUUUUCGCGUUGGCGAAUUCGUUGAUGUGCGUGGCAAGACCGUGGAUCAUGGCUUCCAAGGAGUGGUAAAGCGUCACGGCUUUAAGGGUAUGCCCGCUUCUCAUGGUGUGACGAAGACCCACCGUCGUCCUGGCAACAUUGGCGGUGGUGGCGAAAAGGGACGAGUCUGGCCUGGCACUAAGCUGCCUGGUCACAUGGGCAACCGCUGGCGCAUUACUAAAGGCUUGCGUAUUUGGCGCAUCAAUACUAAAUACAAUGUCUUGUGGGUGCAGGGAAGUGCUGUUCCGGGAAGCACAAAUGGUCUGGUCUAUAUAUAUGAUACGAUAUUACCUCUACGCAAACCAAAGGAUGCGCCACCAAAUUAUGAGGAUAAUACAUUGAUAGAAGAUAUUUGGUUCGAACAGGUGCAUAAUUUCAAGGAUGAAAGUAUAACAUAUAAACCAGAGUAAUCCAGAUGUAUGCAAUAAAAAAUAUUACAAUUACGGCAUGCGUAAUCUGCUUUAAA